AUGACAGUGCCCGGGAGGCACAGCGCGGCCAACAGGACUGCCGUCAGGGCGGCGCCGGUGCCGGCGCCAACAAGAGUGCCCCUGAAGCGGCUGCUGCGGGUGGCGUCGGUGUCGUGUGGGGUGCAGUUUGGUUGGGCCCUGCAGCUCUCCCUGCUCACCCCCUACGUGCAGGAGUUGGGCAUCCCCCACGUAUGGUCCAGCCUCAUCUGGCUCUGCGGGCCGGUUUCGGGCCUCCUCGUCCAGCCCCUGGUGGGCCACACGAGCGACCGCUGCACCAGCCGCUUCGGCCGACGGAGGCCAUUCAUCGCCGGCGGCGCCGCCUCCAUCGCCGUCGCAGUCCUCCUCAUCGGCCACUCUGCAGACAUCGGUAGUGUCCUCGGGGACCGUGGCCCUCACCGCCCCCGUGCCAUCGCCGUGUUUGUGCUAGGGUUUUGGCUUCUCGACGUCGCCAACAACGUCACCCAGGGCCCCGCCCGCGCCCUCCUCGCCGACCUCACCGGUAAGUCUCUCAUCCUCUCUCUCUCUCUCCACCCUGCCUGUGCUAGUUUCUGUCUCCUGCAAGCCGCCGUUCGCGGCGGCGCAACCCGAAGGACGGCUCCUCCUUCCGGAAGAGCUAGAAUUCUAACCUUGUGCCAGCACCUACGGGCCACCCACCUCCAUAAAACUGAUUCUUCGACAGCCAAGGAGCGGUCGCGUUCUUUUUCUAGUGGUAGGGUAUACUCAUUAGACUCGAAGGCCAGCUUCUCUGUGCCAUUCCUCACACCUUGUGUGCCUCUUCAUCUUUCCUACAGUCCUUUCUUGGAGCUCUUCCAACGUUUCACGCUCUCACUCUUUCAGUGUGAUCUCUGUUGCACGAUGAUGGUGCAGUGUCUCGUACAUCUUCUCACGUAUGUAGAAGAGCACGCGGCAGACAAUGUUUGAGGUCGACCCAAAAUUUAUCUGCAAGUUUCAUGACGUGAUUUUUUUUUUUACUUGCCUUUUCUAGUGAUAUCAUAGUCAUCGGUGGCAAUAGCUGGCGUUCCCAAUCCUCAAAAUAAUAAAAAAAAAUAAAAAAUAAAAAGGAAAAAAAGAAAAAAAGAAGAAGAAAAAAGGAAAACAAAAAGGAUUUCAAUCUUCCUUGGGUUUAGUGGAGAAUCAGAUUGAAGUUCAGAGCUGCUAAAAGAUAAAUAUUAUAGAAGCUUAUUUGUUUACUUGAAUGUGGUUAAGGAAAAAUGACAAUAAUUAACCUCAUCUACCCUAUCUACAGCAUUGACAUGAAGAGAUCAUCAGUUUGAUCCUUUGCAACAUAAUUCAUUUGUCCCAGGAGAAAGCUCGGAUCAUAUUCUAAAAAUGAUAAUUGGGUUUUUUAAGUUACUUUGACUGCGGGUAGUGCUGUUCUAGGAUCCUUCGCUUUUUUUCUUUUCUUCAUCCCUUCCACAGGUUGUAGGAUUGUUCCUCUCCAAAAACAUCAUCUUCUUGGCGCUUCCAUGGCUCCAUCUGCCAAACCUGUGACCCUCACAGAAGCUGUGGCUGUCAUGGGUCAGAGUCCAGUGCUGACUUGAAUAUGACUAUCUUUUUUGGUAAGUGUAAUAUCAUAUUCAGUAUGAGAUUGAGUUUCAGUCCUGUGAGGAGACUUCUGCCAUUGGAAUAGUCCUGUUAAAUGCUGUCGUGCUGCAGAUCAUAUCCGUUCUAGGUCACCUUUCACUAUCUCCACGGCCAACACACUCCAGGAUGCCAAAGUGCUGUCCGAGUGAUGGGUUUUAUAGAGGCAAUUAGGUAAAAUGCAAUUUUGCUGCAACUUCUUGCGAGUUUUAACGGUUUGUGAGAUUAUGGAGACAAAAAUAGCGCUUUGGUCUCAUAUAUGCUUGGAAUAAUCUACUGAUGAUCUUGUUGCCUGUGUUUUCCUGUAUUUAUAGAUUAUGUAAAUGAGAUUUGAUAAAAUACCCUCUUACUAGGUAGAUGGAAGAUGAAAGUUAAGAGGAAUACCUUCACUUAUGAGGUUUCUAAAACUAACCAGAAGAUUGGUGGUUAUCAACAUAAAAGAACCUAAAAUCUGACGUUGCAUUUACCAUUAUUAUAGAAAUAAUGGCUAUGUUCAACAUCGUAUUGUGCUAUGAGAGCUCUGGAUGUUGUAACUGAGGUUGGGCAACUUAUUCUAAUACAGAACGAAAAGAAUUGAAACAUUUUGGAUUUCACAAGUUCAGUGACGACUUAUGAUGACUUGGUUCCUACUCAAAUGUGUGUAUGGCCAAGUGCGUCUUUUCUUUAAUUGAAAAAAUUAUUUUACCUCUUCAUGGAUUUCGGCAUCAGAAUCUUAAAAAAAAUAUAGAUGAUGUGUGUGGCACUUAAUGAUUGUGACGCGACAUCAUGUGUAAUAGGGACGCAAAUGGGUUUGAUUCACAGUGGUAGUCCCUCGUUGAUCAUGACAAAACUCCGAGGGUUAAGAUUUCACUGGUCUGAAAAAUAAUAAGAAAAAGAUGUGGAGAGUGCCAGCCUGAUUAAAGGGUGUAGAGGCAUAUGCAGAAGGAAGAGGAAAAGGUGUAGUUUUCAGUGUAGUUGGACGAAUCCUUCUCGAUUAUCUGCCUGUGUAAAUCAAGGAAUCUGAAUAGAGUGGGUGUCACGGUUCUGCUGUUUGCUAACUUGUUUACUGAAGUAGGAAAUCAAAUUUUCUAUUUUAUUACUUCAUGCUGUUAUAAGAUUUCCUGAAAUCCUGACUACCCCACCAAAUUUUUUUUAAUGAUGUUUUAUAUAUCUAGUGGGGAAUUUGGCACUUAUGUGACGAAAAUAAAAAUCAAUAAUAACUGGAUAUAAGGCAGUUGUUGUAACAAUCAGAGGUUACUGGUAUGUUGUAAUUGCCUAAAUAGCUGCGUUUUAAAAUAUUGACGCGUUGUUUGUUGAGUGGAAAAUAUGAAUGUACAUGUCCUUAAUGACUGGCAUGUCUUUUUAGUGGAAGAUGAAUAUCUUUUUUUCUUGACUUUUAAUCCGAUUAGCCCACGUGUGUUUAAUUAUUUCCUGAAGAACCAGUAUUGUAUUUAAUAUCAAUAUUUUUCCAAAUAUACAUUAGAGUGAACAUAAAAAAUACCAAAUUAGAGGGGUAGCAUUUGCAAUCAGCAUUAAGAAUAAUGCACAUCCCCCCUUCCCCCUACUCCCCAACGGAGGGGCACUGUUUUAUGGGAUCGAGACUCUGGUUACUGAGAGUUGAUGGAUAACCUUCCUCCUUUGUGAAAGACCUUUGAUGAAAUCACUAAGAGGCCAUGCCAAAAUUGCAUAGAUUUAUUCACAUCUAUUUACAGGUUGUAACCGUUAGAGAAUCUUCUUGAUUAAGUUCAUCAAUGCUAUGAUAUCAAUAACCCACGACAGAAAAGGGACAAAUGUGUGAGCAACUGAUGUACUCUUCCCAAAGCUGGUAUUUGAUGGAAAAAAAUCUACUUUGCUGCUAAUCGUUGCUGUACUGCUCCAUAUCCUUUCUUCUUUGCUCUUAGGAGGGAAAUGUUCAUCUCAUAUUUCAUCCAAUUGUCAUGAAUGCGUAUGACAUAUGUUGCUAUGCACUGCGUCGGUUGACAAAAAAUUAUGAGUGAAACCUCUGCAAAUGUUGUGUGGUCUGGAUGAUUUGAUUUGGGGGCCUUGUGACAUAAUACAUUUAUGUUAGGAAGUGGAUGAACGCAUCUCCUACAGCUUUCUGCUAAAAAGGUUUCAUGGAAGCAUCAGGUGCAUAGUAUACAAUUUUUGCUCCAAGUGACUGUUAAGCACUACACAGCAAUGCUUCCUAAGUGGCAUCCUAGCAGCUUCUAUAAUUUCCGCUACAAAUGAUUAUUGACCGUUGAAGAACAAUGUGUCGAUGAUAUCACUAGCAUUAUUUAGACGAGUAACAUAUUAGAAACACAUAGUGCUGUUAUAGGAUUUAAGUUCAUAAAAUUUCACUUACUCUGUUUUUAAUUUAUCACGUUGAUGUAUGUUGUUAUCUAAAACUUUCGUUCUUGAAUAUUUUUCGUGUGAUUUUAUUAUUUGUACCUAUUGACAAGAAAUCGACGUGUUUAUGUGGCUUAUUUCAUCAAUCAGUGUGGAAACUAACCUCCAAGGUUGUUGAUGCACUUUGGUGAACUAGGUGAUAUAGGUGGGGCCUCUAAGCAGAUACUUAUAACUUGUUCACUGAAAAAGUUUUUGGUGACUAAUCUACCGGACAACGGUAGAUUAGUCUAUUUUUAUGUAGUAAUGAGAAAAGGUUCUUAUUCUAAGGAAUAAGGGCAAAGAACGACCAUAAUCUCUGUUGAAAGGGAAGGAAGAGCCAUAUCAGCUGUAAAGAAGGAAAGAUGGAGAGAAUUGAAAUUCGAAGUCAUUUUCAAAACAUGGGUACUCAAAGAAAGUAGGUUCUCUGCAUAUAAAUGUUUGUCAGGUGUUGAGAGAGAACUAAGGCAUUUGUCAUGAUGAUGGUGUGCCCUUGGGACCAAGCUGGCAUUGACAUUGGCGCAUCCUCAUUUAUCUCUCAAUUGGAGAAUGCCCUUUGGACCAAGCCAGCCCAGAAUUUCACUUUAUUGCAGGAAAUACAAGUCCAUCUCAUGGAAAAAAAAGAAAAAAUUAAGUGCAUUUUUUUUAUUUUGUUUGCGCCUUUUCAAUUUAAACCUCUUUCGAGUAUUGAUGCACAGUCCUUUUCAGUAUUCAUCGAUGAACAAUUUGUGCACAGUGAUGCUGAAGCCUAUAUCACAUGAUAGUUUUGCCAGACUUGUUACGUUUCUAGCUAAGACUUCGUUAUUUGUAUGUAGGGAAGGAUCACAGAAGGACUCGUGUUGCAAAUGCGUAUUUCUCUCUGUUCAUGGCUCUAGGCAAUAUUCUUGGCUUCGCUACUGGAUCCUAUAGCGGCUGGUCCUCCAUCCUCCCUUUCACUGCCACUGCAGCUUGCGGCACAAACUGUGCUAACCUGAAAUCCGCUUUCAUUCUUGAUAUCAUUAUUCUCACAUUUACUACAUAUAUUAGCCUAUCAUCUGCCCAUGAAAUUCCUCUAAAUUCUGUUGGUGACGCUGUGCACUCUGGGAUAGAAGCAGAAAUGGAAAAUGGCACCGAGGAGGCUUUCCUUUGGGAACUAUUGGGCUCUUUUAGAUAUCUAACCUCUCCAAUCUGGAUAAUUCUGAUUGUCACUGCAUUGACAUGGACUGGAUGGUUUCCCUUCCUGCUAUAUGAUACGGAUUGGAUGGGUCGAGAAAUCUACAAAGGACUGCCCAAUCAAGGACGAAAUUACCACUCUGGUGUUCGGAUGGGGGCAUUUGGUUUGAUGUUGAACUCCAUCAUUCUCGGAUUGACUUCAAUGGGGAUAGAAAAAUUGUGUAGGAAGUGGGGUGCUGGUCUGGUUUGGGGAAUAUCAAAUAUUUUUAUGGCUCUAUGCUUCGUAGCAAUGCUGAUCAUAUCCCUUGUGGCCAAUAAUAUAGAGCCUUCACAGAAUGGUCUUCCACCAGAUGGCAUUGUCAUUGUUGCCCUUGUUGUUUUCGCAGUUCUUGGCAUACCAUUGGCAGUGAGUGCUCUGAGUUAUGUCCAUUUUUUUUCUCAUUUCUUCUUGCUUCCGUGGCUACAGGGCAUGAAUUUUAUUCCUUUUUUGUUGUUUUUUUUGUUCCCAGAUUACAUACAGUGUUCCCUAUGCAAUGAUGUCGACUCGGGCUGAACCUUUGGGUCUCGGCCAAGGUAGGUUCGUUUGUGUUCUUUUACUAUUUUCCAUUGAGGUACUUCCUCUGAGUAAUACUGGAUGAGAAACAACAUCUUUCAUGCAGGACUGGCUAUGGGUAUUCUUAAUCUAGCUAUUGUCAUACCGCAGGUACUCCUCAUUUUAAUAAUUAUUAUUUAUUCAUCUGGUAUAGAUUCUUUAAUUUUUAAAAGCCCUCAGAUUUUUACAAAAAAAGUUACUUUCUUAGAACUUCUGAAUUAUUACCUCUUAAAUUUUUUUAUUUACUCAGGUUUAGGAAGUAAUAGUCAGGGGAAAUGCCCCAUCCUUGCAUAGCGGAAACGAUUGCAAAACAUGAGAUAUUGAGGGGAGAAGGGAAGGAGAUUGACCUGCGUAUUUGCUAUAAACAAGAAUGAUAUAGGGGGUUGGAAGGCUCGGUAGAUGGCUAGAGGUGGGAGAUUCAUUUGGUCGAGAAGUAAGACUUUCCUUGGUCAUUGGGUAUCUAAAAGCGGAAGCUGAUGGGUCAGCAAACGCUGCUGACUUACCCCAAAGGAGGGUUGCUAUGUGUCUGCUUUCAUUGCCCAAAAGGAGCUGAAGAAGAAACCUGUGAGGGAGUGAGAUAAAAAUGCUGCGACAUUCCUUUCACCUUCCAUGAACUCGACACAGAAGUCAAAAGGUUAUUUCGUGUUGGGUGAUGGAUGUGGUUAUGCUUUGACUAAAGUUAUCAACUUGUUGGUCAAUAUGUUCCAAGGGAACAAGAAAUUCUAUUAUGUGACUCUAUCAAAGAGUGGCAGCAAAGCAUUAAAAGCAGCUUGAGACGGCUUGUCACACCCUAGGAAAACUAACCGCAUGAGAAGGCUGCUAGGAGCUUUUCUGUGAUGAAAUUUCAGUGAAUGGAUGAUUUCCCCCCCACAAACACUGCCAUGAUAGAAGGGUGAUUUAGUACACGCUUGAACAAAUUAUGUCACACGAUGGCUGACUUUCCUUCUCCGCGUAGUUCAUCUUGCUUGCCGAAUGCUAUACAAAGAACGCACAUAGUUCGAAUCUUGUAUGGAUUGAUUGUGCUUCCGAGCAUCUAACACAGCUAGGCGUUGACUAGGUUCCCCCUUCUUGGUUAAUCAUCAUCAAAUUAUGUCAGAGUCAUGCAUGUAUAUGAAGUUUCGGCUCCGUGGAUGUGACAAUUCUUUCCAAAGCAGCAUCUCUCUGGUAAGACCGCCUGCAUAAUUCUAGUUAGACCCGGCACAGCCGCCCACCCUACUCUAGUGCGGUUGGACCCCAUACAAUCAGGAAUCCUGAAAGACGAACCGGAGAUUGGGAGUAAUCUGUUCACUGAUGUGGUGAUGGGUUAGAUAGAAUUCAUCCCAAGUAGCUACUUAAUCACUGCCCAUCUGAUAAAACCAGUUCUUUGAGCCAACGCCGUACAUUUCUGACCAUUCUGCUUGGUGUUGAAUGUCCAUCUAAGAGGCUAUGAGAAGAACCCAUCUGACGGAACCCUUUCGUGCGAGCCCAGGUGAUUGUGUCCGUGGGGAGUGGACCCUGGGACCAGCUCUUCGGAGGUGGGAACGCGCCGGCCUUCGCUGUAGCCGGAGUCGCAGCCUUUGUCAGCGGCCUCAUCGCCAUCCUCGCCCUCCCCCGCUCUCCUGCGGCGGCCAAGAGGACGACGGGCCGCCGUUGA